GGAGCCGGGAGCCGGAGACCGCGCGCCCGCCGCACACUCGCGCCGCGCACGCGAUUCGCCGCUCCCCGCCGCCCCGUCGCCUGCGCUGCCGCACCAUGAGCGCCCCGAGGCAGGUGGUCAACUUCGGGCCCGGGCCUGCCAAGCUGCCUCGCUCGGUACUGUUAGAGAUACAAAAAGAAUUAUUAGACUACAAAGAAAUCGGAAUUAGUGUUCUUGAAAUGAGCCACAGAUCAUCAGAUUUUGCCAAGAUUAUUAACAACGCAGAGAAUCUUGUGCGGGAAUUGUUAGCCGUUCCAGACAACUACAAGGUGAUUUUUGUGCAAGGUGGUGGGUCUGGGCAGUUCAGUGCUGUCCCCUUAAACCUGAUUAGCCGGAAAGCAGGAAGGUGUGCCGACUAUGUGGUGACAGGAUCUUGGUCAGCUAAGGCCGCUGAAGAAGCCAAGAAGUUUGGGACUGUGAAUGUCGUCCACCCUAAACUUGGGAGUUACACGAAAAUUCCAGAUCCAAGCACCUGGAACCUCAGCCCGGAUGCCUCCUAUGUGUAUUACUGCGCCAACGAGACCGUGCAUGGAGUGGAGUUUGACUUUAUCCCUGACGUCAAGGGAGCAGUGCUGGUUUGCGACAUGUCCUCAAACUUCCUGUCCAAGCCAGUGGAUGUUUCCAAGUUUGGUGUGAUUUUUGCUGGUGCCCAGAAGAAUGUGGGCUCUGCUGGGGUCACGAUUGUGAUCAUCCGUGACGACCUGCUGGGGUUCGCCCUCAGAGAGUGCCCCUCGGUCCUGGAAUACAAAGUGCAGGCUGGAAACAGCUCCUUGUACAACACACCGCCGUGCUUCAGCAUCUAUGUCAUGGGCCUGGUCCUGGAGUGGAUUAAGAACAAUGGUGGUGCAGCAGCCAUGGAGAAGCUCAGCUCCAUCAAAUCGCAAAUGAUCUAUGAUAUUAUUGAUAAUUCUCAAGGAUUCUACGUAUGUCCAGUGGAGACCAAGAACAGGAGCAAGAUGAAUAUUCCAUUCCGCAUUGGCAAUGCCAAAGGAGAUGAUGCUUUAGAAAAAAGAUUUCUUGAUAAAGCUCUCGAACUCAAUAUGAUUUCCUUAAAGGGGCAUAGGUCUGUGGGAGGCAUCCGGGCCUCUCUGUAUAAUGCUGUCACGAUUGAGGAUGUUCAGAAGUUGGCAGCCUUCAUGAAGAACUUUUUGGAGAUGCAUCAGCUGUGAAUACAUCUUAAUCAACAUAUGCUCUCCCCUUGAACAGUGUACAAAAUUGGAAGUCACUUGGGGAUGGCAAUAGAAACUUAGAAAACAUGAUAUUUUUCUCGAGCAAAUAUGCUUCUUAGGGACCUCGUUUUUCAAAGAACAACAGCACAACAUCCACAUUUCUGCAAAGCUGGUUGGUCUUAAUGGCCCCCACCUUCAUUCUGACUUGAACUGGAAGUGUUUUUUAUUUAAAAUCUUCCUUUAGCUUUUCUAGUGAAUUCCAGCUAAUUUUGUCUUUGCUGCUACUUUUUCUAGCUAAAUCUCAGUAUUCACACUUGCCUGUGGACUUAAUAAUGCAACUUGAAGUUACUUAUUUCUGGGAGACACACACACACACACACACACACAUACACAGAGCAUAGAGGUUGGGUGGGGACCUCUAGGUGCUGAAUCUUGAUCCUUUACAAAAUGACACGAUGGGGUCUCCUGGGUUUUGCAAGCUGUUAAUUCAGGACCAUACUCACUGUGUGGUGAGUGUUGAGGGAUUCCAGGCUAAAGGGCAAACUUGGAAAUGUUUCUUUCUCCUGUUACUCUUCUAAAGAGAUAAAAGUGGCAUACUGUGUGUUCAUAUAGCAAGGUCUGUUUUUAAUACCAAAUACUAUGUAGCCUGUUUCUACUAAUAUGAUUCUUGGUGACGCAUAUGUAGAGACUUAGAGAAUUUGUUAGAAUCCUUGUCGUGUAUUAGGCGUUAACGCUUGCAAUGGUGUGUCCCUCCCCUCCCCCUUUUGUCUUCAAAAAAAUUACUUUGCAAGAUUUUGAAAUUUCCCUGAUUCCCUUUGAUGUUCCUUUUAGUGGGUAGAAGAGAAGGUUGGUUGGUUGCUUUGUUCUUUAUUUUUCAGUGAGGCUAUUAAAUUAAAAUUCUCUGUUAAACUCCCUUCUUGUUGGUUUCACUUGACAGUUCUCUUUAUAGCAUUUGACCAGUGAUGCUGUGAAGUUCUGGAAGAUCUUUGUGGAAGAGUUUUUCUCCUAUUGUUUAUUCAUUGUCAGUUAUUUUCUCUUGACUAUGUGGAGGACAUUUAAGUCCUAAAACAUGUAAACCUUUGUCAAUAAAUUUCUUUACCUGCUAUUUA